AUGCAAAACGACGCCGGACAAACCGUCGAGCUCUACAUUCCACGCAAGUGCUCCUCGUCCAACCGCAUCAUCGGACCAAAGGACCACGCCGCUGUCCAAAUCGACUUCGUCGAUGUUGACCCAGAGACUGGCCGCAUGAUCCCAGGAAAGUCAACUCGCUACGCUAUCUGUGGAGCUAUUCGUCGCAUGGGAGAGUCCGAUGACGCCAUUCUGAGACUUGCCCAGAAGGACGGACUCGUUCCAAGAGAUGAACUUAAGUCCAACUGA